ACUCUCUUCUCUUCCAUCAAAAAUACCCAAUUCGACCAAACCCUAAAAAUCAAAUCAAGCCAAAUUAUCUCAACUCCUUUCCUCAAAGAACUCGAACCGAUUUGUUGACUCGAAUAAAAAUGUGUACUGCUAAGCCUCCGCCGCCUUCCCCGCCGCGUCCGAUCGUGAUCCGUUCGGUAUUCGCAGAGAAUGUGGAGGCUGAACUCAAGAUUAUCGGAUCCUUAGUCGAUAGUUAUCCCAUCAUCUCGAUGGAUACGGAGUUUCCGGGCAUUGUGGUCCGAUCGGAAAAAGAUUUCCGGCACCAAGAUCCGACUGAAAACUACGUCAGCUUGAAAGCUAAUGUUGAUCUCUUAAAGCUGAUCCAAAUCGGGCUCACUCUCUCUGACGAAGAAGGGAAUCUCCCGGAUCUCGGCUCGGGUUCGACAUUUUAUAUAUGGGAGUUUAACUUCAAGGACUUCGAUAUCACGUGCGACGCACAUGCGCACGAUUCGGUCGAGCUGUUAAAAUGCCAGGGGAUUGAUUUUGAGAAAAAUCACGAACUCGGGAUCGACUCGGUGCAAUUCGCUGAGUUGUUGAUGUCAUCAGGUUUGGUGUUGAACAAUGCUGUUACGUGGGUGACAUUUCACAGCGCGUAUGAUUUCGGGUACUUGGUCAAAUGUUUGACGCAGCGAGUUCUGCCUGAGAAUUUAAACGAAUUUUUGAAAGUAGUGAGUGUUUUCUUUAGGGGAAACGUAUAUGAUGUGAAGCAUUUGAUGAGAUUUUGCUCGAAUUUGCGUGGCGGGUUGGAUCGGGUUGGGAAGGCAUUGAAUUUGGAGCGGUUAAUUGGGAAGAGCCAUCAAGCCGGGUCAGAUAGCUUGUUUACGUUGCAUGCUUUCUUGAAGAUUAGGGAGAAGUAUUUUGGAGGAGAUUAUGAUGGGCUUGAAAAUUGGCAAGGAAACUGGAAUUUAUUUCUGAGUUCCUGAAGGGAUAAUAAUGGGAAUUGCCUUGUUUCAAAUGAAAUUUUUGGAAGAGUAUCUGUUAGUUUCACUGUUUGGUGACAUAAUAGGUUAGUGAUUCUUAUGACAAGAAUAUGGCCAAUGGCCCUAUAGUGAAUGCUAUAGUGAUGGUGGUUGUGGUGACAUUGUCCGGAGGUGGCAGUGACACUAAAGAGAACUGUGAUGGUGAAGUGAUAGUGGUAGUGUUGUGUGACAUGGUAAAAUGAAACGAAAUCAAAUCAAAUUUCUGCCUUUUCCACAGAAAAUAAUUUCCAAGAAAUAUUUUUAUGGUUUUUAGUGUUCGGUAAAACUUUGGAAAAUAAUUUUUGAGUCGAUGGAAAUUCAAGCUUAAAUUUUAUGAAAUGACUUGUGGCUUGAAAAUAAGGAAUUUAUCGUUGAAACAUGUUAAAAACCUUCACAGUGAUAAAACGGCUACAAUGGCCAUUGUGUUAUAAACAAACAGUAACCAUUCAAUUGUGUGAUCAAUGAUAUUGAUGAAUGUUAUUGGUGGCCAAAAUCUACUAUGAUUAUGUUAUUUUUUAUUGUUAUGGCUUUGAAAUUGUGGGGUAAUCUGUUUAGGGCUUCUAAUUUAUCUUGAAUGAUUCAGAAGUCUUCUAUUUCGUUAUUUAUGGAGGACUUUUGUGCAUUAGAAGUGAUGCUGUAGGUCGUGGAAUUCUAUGAUGGCAGUUUAAUAGUAGGGUUCUGUGAUACCCACUGCUCUCUUAUUAUGUUUUCUUGGGUCUGCUAAGGGCCAUUGUUUUUUGAGUUGCAAUUAUGCAAAUUCUUCAUCGUGACCUUUCUGGGGCAGCUAUAUAUACAUAUGUUAAUUAAGUGGACUUGGAUGCUAUUGAGAGCAAUAAUAAUUAAUCUGUAAAAGGGCUUUUUUUUUUUUUGUUGAUUUAACAACAUAUCUGUCUGUAGUGAUACGAGUUCCUUUAGUUUUGUCUAGAAAACUUCUGGCCAUCACAACAUUUUCUUUCCAAUUCAUAUUGGAUUACAGUGUACAGGUUUGCAGUUCUGAGAUCUGUUUUCCUGUUCAUGUGGUGAAUUCUUUCAUAAACAGUGAAUUUUUAAGUCUCACUUGGAAGAAUGAGCUUUAUUUCUGUUUCUGCAUCACGUUUAUGAAAAUGCACAUUGCUCAGGAAAGAAGAUUAUUAAUAUUGAUUGUUCAAAUUUAUAUAUUCAGAGAAACUGUUCAUUCUUCAAUGGAAAUUUUGUUCUUAGAAUUCAUGAAUCUGCUCUCCAAAACAUCCUCCUCUUGUUUUGUGUAAAGGCUGGAUUAUCAUAUGUUCUAAUAACCUUUAUUAUUGAAUGAACUCUUAAUAAAGUUUAUGCUGUUUUUUUCUUUGGUAAAAGUUUAUGGUGUGUUAUUC